UUUGUGCUGCUGUUUUGGUUGGUAUAGGACAGCCCUGAGAGCUGGUAAAGAGAUCUGAGGUUUGGGUGUGUCUGCUUCAUAUGGGCUGGGCUCUCCUUAUUCACCAAGUCAGUCUGACUGAGGCACAUGCUUUCUUCCUGUGUCGGGAGUGACUCAGGUACAGGAACUGAUAAAACCACCUGAGAAGAGAAAGCGAAGCACACUGGAAAGCCAACUGCAAGCUCCCGGCUCUGCUCUAGUGUGUUGUGUUGUGUAUUCGUGCCUGGAUCCCCAGAAAUGACUUUGCACUGGCUGCUAACCCUGAGCUGCCUCUGUGUCUCUGUCUUCCUGCCUGCAGCCAUUAGUACCGACAGAAGAGAAGUCUGUGACUGCAAUGGGAAGUCCAGUCAAUGCAUCUUGGACAGGGACCUGCUCCGAGAAACAGGAAAUGGGUACCGUUGCCUCAACUGCAUUGACAACACGGAUGGCGUUCACUGUGAGAGGUGCAAGGAGGAGUUCUAUCACCAGCGGGAUGGAGAAAGCUGUCUGCCCUGCAACUGCAACUCCAGAGGUUCUCUUGGCCUGCAGUGUGAUAACUACGGCCGGUGCAGCUGCAAACCCGGUGUGAUGGGUGAUAAGUGUGACCGAUGCCAGCCGGGGUUCCAUUCCUUCUCAGAGUCUGGGUGCCGAGCAGGUGAACAAGUGUCGAGUGCUCAGUGUGACUGCGAUCCAGCUGGUAGUGCGGGACAUUGUGUUUCAGGUCACUGUGUCUGUAAGGCAAGCGUCUCGGGAGAGCGAUGUGACAGGUGCAAGCAGGGCUACUAUCAUCUGGAUGCAGGAAACCCUGAGGGAUGUUCCCAGUGCUUCUGUUAUGGUCACUCCGCCAUGUGUGCCAGUGCAGAAAAUUACAACAUCCAUAAAAUCACCUCCACCUUCCAGCGAGAUGCUGAGGACUGGAGAGGAAUGUAUGCGAAUGGGUCCCCUGUACAGCUCCAGUGGUCUCCCCGCCAUCGGGAUGUGUUUGUUACAGCCAGGAGAUCAGAGCCCACCUAUUUCCUGGCGCCGGCCAGAUUUCUUGGGAACCAGCAGGUGAGCUACGGCCAGACCCUAUCCUUUGAUUAUCGCAUGGACCGAGGGGGUCGUCGUCCUUCUCCCCGAGAUGUGGUCCUGGAAGGAGCUGGCCUACGAGUUACCACCUCCCUCCUGCCUCAUGGGAAGAUCUUGCCCUGCAGCAUCAGCAAGACAUAUACAUUCAGACUGGAUGAGCACCCGCACAGCGGAUGGAGCCCCAAGCUGAGUUACUUUGAGUAUCGCAGGUUACUCGGAAACCUGACGGCCCUUUGGAUCCAAGCCACAUAUGGAGAAUACAGCACUGGGUACAUCGAUAAUGUCACCCUGGUUUCUGCACAGCCGACCUCUGGAGCCCCGGCUCCCUGGGUGGAACGAUGUGUGUGUCCUGCUGGCUAUCAGGGGCAGUUCUGUGAACGCUGUGCUCCUGGGUACAAGAGAGACUCUUCCAACCUUGGGCCUUUCAGCACUUGUGUGCUAUGUGACUGCCAGGGGGGAGGAAACUGCGAUCCAGACACUGGAGACUGUUAUUCAGGAGAUGAAAACAUGGAUCCCAACACCAGCUGCCCAUUUGGUUUCUACGGGGACCCCUGGAAUCCACAGAGCUGCCGGCCAUGCCCUUGCAGAAAUGGUCAGGGCUGCUCAGUGGCACCAGGGAGAAAGGAGGUCGUUUGCAAUAACUGCCCUCUGGGAGUUACUGGUGCUAACUGUGAACUCUGUGCUGAUGGCUAUUUUGGAGACCCCUUGGGCGACAACGGCCCUGUGAGACCCUGCCAGCCCUGCCAGUGUAACAAUAACGUCAAUCCCAGUGCUGUAGGGAACUGUGAUCGGCUGACGGGUGAAUGCCUGAAAUGCCUCUACAACACGGCUGGCUUCUCCUGUGACCAGUGCAGGGACGGGUUCUUUGUGAACCCCUUAGCCCUCAACCCAGUAGAGAAGUGUCAAGCCUGCAACUGCAACUCGGUAGGUUCUGAUCCCCUGACGUGCAGAAGCGAUGGGAGCUGUGUUUGCAGGCCAGGAUUUGAGGGGCCCAACUGUGAGCACACCCAGUGCCCAGCCUGCUACAGCCAUAUGAAAACACAAGUGGAUCAGUACUUGCAGCAGUUGCAGCAGCUGGAGGUGCUUGUGUCUCAGCUGCAGCUUGGCAGUGGGGCGGGGGCCAAUGAGGAGCUGGAGGGGAAGAUGCAACAGGCUGAGGAGACCCUGCGUGAAAUCCUGAGAGAAGCUCUGAGUUUACAAGCCUCUGACAAGUCCCUGAAGAGCCGGGUGUCCAAAAUGAAGGGACAAGAGUCCAGCUACCAAAGCCGCUUGGCCGACAUCAGGGUGACGGUGCAGAGGCUGCAGGCACUGGGGCAUCAGUACCAGGCCCAGGUGCAGGACAUUAGGAGGCUGAUCGAGAGAGCCCGUUUGGACCUGGGGCAAAGCAAAGUGACCCUGAGUGGGCUGAAUAUUCCAACUUCAGAUCUCCCAGGCGGGUCAAACAGUUUUUUGAUGCUGGCCCAAGAAGCUCUCAAACUAGCAAACAGCCACGUGCAAUCAGCAAAUGCCAUAGAACAGGCAGUCAGGGCGGCGGCGGAUGACUCAGGACAGGCCCUGGAGCUGGUGCGCUCAGCUGUGAAUGGAGGAGGCAUCCUGGCGAGCUCUGUGCAAGGGCUGCUGCGAAAAUAUGAUGAAACCAAAUUGCAGGCCAGUAAUCUGGAGACUGACGCCAGCAGAUCUGCCUUGGAUGCUGACAGAGCCUAUCAGGGCAGCCUGCUGCUCCUCAGCUCCAUGUCUCGCUUCUCAAAGAUCGACGCUGGGUCCUUCCAGGAGGAUGCGAGCCAGCUCAGGCAGGAGGCAGAUGCUCUAAUGGGCUUGGUGGAGACGUACAUGGCAGAAUACAGGUGGCUGCAAAGCAACACAGGAAGCUGGGAGGAAGAAAUUAAACAAUUAUUACAGAGCGGGGAAAGCAAGAGACUGGCUUCAAGUCAGCUGUUGUCCCGCGCCAACCUUGCCAAGAACAGGGCACAGCAGGCACUGAGUGCUGGCAAUGCCACUUUUUAUGAAGUUGAACUCAUCUUGAAGAAUCUCAGGGGGUUUCACCUGCAGGUAGAUGGUAGGAGAAGAGAAGCUGAGGAAGCCAUGAGAAGACUCCCUCUCAUCAGCAAUAUGGUCACAAAUGCCAACGAUAAGACUAGACGAGCAGAAAGCGCCCUGGGCAGCGCUGCUACAGAUGCAAAAACAGCCAGAAACAUGGCCGGUGAGGCAAAGGAGAUCACUGGUGGUAUCCAGCAGGAGAUAAGGCGGUUGAACUUGGAAGCCAACAGGACAGCAGAUGGGGUCCUGGCACUGGAGAAAGGAGUCAUAGCUUUACUGGACGAGGCCAGAGAAGCAGAAAGGAAGCUCACGAGGAAGGCUCUGGAGAUCGAUAUGGAUGCCACGACUGCACAGAAAACCGGUCAGGAGGCGCAGGGUGCCCACACUGGUGCCCGUACUGCUGGGGUUGCUGUCCAAGAGACACUGCGUGCCCUGGAAGAUUUUCUACAUCUGAUGGACCAGCCUGGUACUGUGGAUGAGCAGGCGCUGAAAUUGCUCGAACUCAACCUCAGCAGUGCCAGGACAAAGAAUAGCCAGUUGAAAGAGUAUAUGGCCGAAAUGGAGAAAAUGGCCAGUCUGCAGAGGCUCCGGGUUCAGACUCUGGAGAGGAGCAUUAAUGAGAUCCUGGCAGACAUUAGGAACCUGGAGGAGAUCCGCAACAACCUCCCCCCAGGCUGCUAUAACACAAAUCCCAUUGAAAAACCUUGAGACCUUUAGGAAGAUUCUCUGGACUGGGUCUCUCAGGCUUGAUACUAGGGCUUGCCCUGGUGGAUCAUAGGGGAUGGGGAAGCCAAGCCUGCCAGGACCAGCUGCCUUUGGCUCUGAUGAGCUGAACACAGACGCUUUGGGUGCAGCUGGACAGACUCGUUGUGGCAAUGUGCUGACGUUUGCCUCAUGACACCAUGUUUUGAUGCCAACAUCACCACAAGGUGCCUCUGAGCCGGGAAAGCCUUAUACUCUGGUAUCCGUCCCUGGAGUGCAGGAGGAAGGAAGGAGAGACCCGGCUGCAUGAAGAAGCUGCUGACCAAGAAGAGCCAUACCUAGUAGGAGCCCAACCCUAGAGCAUGGCCUGAGGAGGCAGCAACAGCCAGUUCAGCUUCUGGACAGUCGCCAAAUGAACGUUUUUCUAGAAACUGAACUCUGACUCCUGUGGAUCUCCCUGUCCCUACCAAGGCCCUGACACUUGGGCACAGCCAGCAGAACUUGCCACUCUCCUUCAAUGCCAGUGCCUCUCUCAUUGCCUUUCACCACCCAGGCUCCCCUCGGUGUAUUGCAAGACCCUUUCUCACCAGCAAUCCUUUCCGAACCCAGCAAAUGACAGGGAUGGGCACAGGGCCAGGGCGGUUGGGGAUUCCUACUGUGGCACUGUCCUUGCUGACUUUCCAGUCUCAACACUGACACUAGUAUUGCCCGUACAUCUGUUUUUGUGCUUUAGACUUGUGCAGCGGGAGGACCCAAUCUGUGACCUUUUUGUUAAAAGUGCAGGUCUUCCCCAACGUAUCUUAGCAAGGUGACUAAAUUACUGUUUAGUCAAAGGGAAGGGAUUUAUUUUUGAUGGGAAGUCCUUCCUACCAACACACUUGGCUCCCGAGGGAGAUUUCACACCCCUCUCUCCUCCCCCUUCUCAUCCUGGGCUUUUAAUUCAGGCGGGUUCUCAAGGGAUUAACCGGAGAGGAUGUCUUUGAGAUCAAACACUCAGGUUUGCAGUAUGUAGGCCCACUGAAAGCACAGGUGCAAGACCCAGGAGGGAUGACUCAGCCCUUCAUCCUUCUGAGGGCAAUCGAGUAUCAUGAAGUUUACUGUGCAUCUUUCAGAUGAGACUUUGAAAAGCAAAUUCUUGUCUUCUCUGCAUGGACAUCAAAGUUCCCCUGGCACUUUCCGUAAUAACAGGGGGUUUGUCCUGCUGACCUUGGCCAAAAUUACUGGCACCCAUGAGCCCAGCUUAUGCUACACAGUGUUAGCAUAUUGAUUGCCCUAUUAAAAAUCCCCAACACCAUAAAGGUAACCAGAUGUGUCUCCACCUCCAGUUCGGAAGCAGUUUGGUACUGCCUCCCAACAGACGAUGUUUGAUGUUUUACAUAGAGCAGCCUUGCAUCAGAGGAAUUGUGACUGAUUCUUAAUCGAUCAUUCUCUAAAACCGGAGGAACUGGAGGGAAAUCUCUACCACCAUUGGGUUUCCUGUGGGUCCAAUUCCAUUUUAUUCCUCUGUCUCAGUGGAGACAGUCCCCUGGCCCUUUUGCCCACUAGAGAUUGACUCUGCUGGAUCCUUGUUACCUCUUGUGCCCCACAUACUGUGGCAGGUUCAGCAAUCUCAACCAUGCCCCAGAGGAAGGGGUCACUUUCUGGGGUUAAACUCACCCCUCAGUUGCUCAGCUUCUCUGAUAAAGUGCCACCUCCUUUUUUGAAUAUUAUAAGUUAAAUAAUCAUCUAUGGUAUAUUUCUAUUUAUAGUGAAACAUACUAACCCCUGGCUUGUUCUGCGAUUUCUCCCACUGCACAGGACAGGACGGAUGUUAUGGAUCUGACUUUUUUUGUUUGUUUUUUUGCUUAAGUGCACUUUUUACUUGGAAAAAAAAGUCAAUAAACAACAAAUCCUUGUGGCUGGAUGUUGCAGUUCCUUUCUGCCUGCCUGCCUGCUCUCCAUUUGCAGAUACGUCUCUCUGUGUCCAGCAGAGGUGAACUGGCUGUUGGGGAAAGAAGGCGGCAGCUUGAGUUAGUGGCUAGAGAAGGCUGAGAUAUUGAGAUAAUAAUGAUACUUUCUAGUGUGCAUCUUCUCAGAGUGCUGCACAGUGAUUGGUAAUGACUAUUAACCUUGUUUCACAGACGGGGAAAGUGAGGAAUGGAGUGAUUAAGUGACCUUCCCAGGGGAAAAAACCCUGAAGUCCUGACUCUGUCCUCUUCUUUACCCUCUAGGUUCUCAGACUUUCAUGGGGGGGAGGAACCAGGCUUCAAUAGAAAGUGUCCCAUGGAGACCUUCCCUCCCAUUCGUGAUGAUAGUGUCCCCAGCAGCUUUGGCCUUUCCUUUUGAGGAAAAGUAGUAAUAGAGGAACAUUAAGUUUCUCUUCUGGUGACUCUGGCUGAGGCCAUCUUCUCCUCCUCCGUCUUAUGUAGUAGCAGCCACUGGUCUGGCCCUUCUUCCUUGUUUGCAGCUGCUUUUACAGGCCUCCAGGCUCUUCUUUGCAGUGGGUGAACUUUGAUAACUUUAGAAGGAGGCGGAGCCAACACCAUGUGACCUGCCAGCUCCCUACAGAACAUGUGUGAUCCAAGGGCCAAGGAUCUCCAUUUCCAAAUUGCAGCAUUAGACCAUGCUGCCUCCCCGAUUAAAGUGGCUAUAAAAUAAGUGCAAAGUAUUCUCCUUAUUCUAGGAGACAGCCAUCCAGCUGUCACAAAAUGGAAUGGGAUGUUUCCCUAGCUAAAGCAGCAGUAAAACACUACAGUCUAAUAGCAUCAUUUUUUAUUACAUAAUUUAAACACUUUGCUGAUAAAGGGGUGGGGUUUUUUUGUUUUGGGUUGUUUUUCUUUUUGUCGACCACUUUUAGCAACAGAAAUCCAACUCCAAACUCUCCCACAAAGAUGCAAUUGGCAACAUGGCAACUUCAACCCAUUGUUUUUUUUUUUCUUUUAAAACUUUUUUUUAUUCAUUUCAGUAAAGCAAAACUGUAUUACUAAAAUUGCGGGUUCAAGGACCAUCCCACCCUCUUCUCCCCACACACUGAAAAACCCCUUCCUUGCCAACCCUUGUUGCAUGGGUUAGAGAUGGAGGUGCAACUGCUCGCGCCAACCCAAGGAUCAAAUCCAAACCGAACCCAAUAAUUCCACAGUCCACUCAAAAGUUAUGCUACAUGCCCACCCCCCAUACCAUGAGUUUUACUGAGCAGAUAAAUGAAGGCAUAGAUAAGACUAGUAAGACAUAGUAUACCAUCCAUACCACAAUGCUAUGUUUCUAAGGCAUGCCGUCCUAAACUGGAUGAGAUCGAAAACUGGCCUGCUUCUCAUCUCACACCCUUCGAUCACCUGAAGGAGCAGGGGAUCGAGAGCUUUUCAACUCUUAUAAACACUGUCUUAAUUCCUUUUUAUUUCCUUUCUCCAUCUUCCCUCAGUUAAGAGCAAUUGUCCUACCUCCCACUCCAGGGGCAAGCCUCUUCUCUCUUAGUUUAUUCUCUUGGUGGCUCAUUCUAGACAUCGAUUGCUUUAUCUCCUCCAGUUUGGAGUGGAGAAGUACUGUGGGUUCUGGCAAGGAGCCAUUGCUAUUCUCUGAAAUAGCUUGUGUGCGAGACAGAGCUCAUGAAAAGCUUGACCCACACAGGGUAGUAAGAGCUGUUUGUCUAGAAGAACUUAGCUACUGACGUAUAGAGAACUCUUCCCCUCCCUCCCCCACAAAAUGACUGUGCCCCUUAUAUCCACCUGCUAUGUAUGUGAGCAGGAGUCUCCAGGAAGGCUGCUCGUUCCAGAUUCCCACAUGCUAGUUUGUAGAGCAGUGGGUGCUAGCUAGCAGCAGGAACUCCAGAGGGAGACGUCCCUGAAGAACAGGUGACAGUACACACAUUUCCUACUUGCUCCCAUCAGCCUUUGUGGAUUCUGAGUCGGCUUGGUGCCCCCUUGGAGUCCAUGUUUUCCCCCACCUAGACAUACACGCUGCUGCCAGGAGCAGCAGGAAGAGCAGAGAAACAAGAGCUGAGCAAAGCCAGUCCAACCUCCCCACACCCUUUUGCUUGUCAUGGGAAACUUCAGUGCAACAGUGACAAUUCCUGAACUAACCUUUUCAGGUGGGGAUAAAAGCCUGGGAAGGGAAAGCUUGCUGGUAGUACCACAGACAAUCCUGUUGCCUUUCUAAUAGGACAGGAAUGGGCUAGUGGUCUGAGCAGGGACCAAGGGAUUCCUGGGUUCUGAUCCCUGCUCUGACAUUGAUUUUUUUUCUGGGCCUUGGGCAAGUCACUUAACCUCUGGACUUCUGACCUUCCCUCUGUGAUAGGGGGGUGACAAUACCUACCUCUGAGGACUGAUCAUUGACUUCCUGUAAAGCGCGAUAAACUGUAAUGAGUUUACAAAUGCUAAGUGUUAUUCCGGCUGAAAGGCUGACAGCAGCGGUUUGCCAUGACAGAGUCGCCUUCCUGGACUCUGGCUUCUCUCAGUAACUGGCGAUAGUGAGUUCACAGCAAGCAAGGUGGCUGCGUGGAGCAGCGGGUCACCAAAUCUAGUGCAGUGUCUUCUCUUUGAAGCUUCCACUGGAGCAGGUUGUGCUUCAUUGCAACCCUUUAAGGGCUUUUGCUUUAAGGUCCUUCCCUGAAAUGCUCCCUAACCCUGUGGGCAAUCACAGCCCUCCAAGGGGCACAAGCAGCAAGUUCCCUUGGUGGGAUUCUAGUGCCCUCCUGCUUUUCAUGGCACCUCGUUGGGAAUGCAGAGAAACCAGCGGAGAAUAGCUACUGCAUCUUGUUACAGGAAUGCAAUCGGGUUGAAACAGCCCAGGUUAGCACAAGCAUAGCAAGGAAGUAAUGGCAGGUGCCUGAGAACUAAAGAUAAGCAGCUAAACUCCAAAUAAAAGGGCUAAUUGGAAAAGCGGAAGGAUGAAACCUAAAGCUGGGCUUUGCCUUCCUCUCUAACAAUGCAAUAACUCCAGAGCACGCAAUGUCACAGGCUGGGAGUCCUCUGUAAGUCAGUGGUACCCUGCACAGCAACCUGCUUGCUGGGGCCAGUAUAAGGCCUUUGUGUCUCUUAAACAUCCCUGCUCCUUCCAACCCACUCUCGGCAUUUCUUGGCCAAUGUAUGUCCCCCUUGCAUCUGUUCCCCUUGCCGGCAUUUGGCCCAAUGUGCUACAACCCCAGCCCUGUCCAGCAAACCACAAGAGCAGUUUGUCCGGAAAGAGGCAUGCAGGAGAGGGGGGAAGGUGCAAGCCCCAGAGCUCUCAGGGUGAACAGCCUGCAUUUAACAGACUCCUCACGGGCAGCCUGAACCCCACAAUCUGGGAGGGAGGAGGGGGAGAGGGAGGCAGGCAGGACUGGAGACCAUACUAGCCAGGAAGGUGCCAGCAAGUAGAUCCCAGGGGUCCGAUAUGAAGGGAGCAGCUUGUGCCUAUAGAUCAAAUGAGAUCCCCGAGAGCUAUGCUCUACCCACCUGCGUCUGUGUAAGGCAAGUUUGCUCAGGAAUUAGCUGUGAUGGCAGCCCCCUCCCUGCUAAUGAAUUCAUCAGCCCCUUUUGACAUAUCAUGGUAACUCCCGCUGAGACCUAUGUGCCUCCCUGCACAGCAGGAUAUGCUGCCUGUUGAUCAGAAAGACAUGUAUUGACUGUUGGUAAAUAGCAGGUUACAGAGCCUCUCCCCCGUCAGCAUCCCAUGGACAGAUGCUGCCAUGUUGUGGAAGGGACAUGGAUGCUACAAAAUGGUUGGGCUUGAGAGAAGCAUGACCAGUGGCCUUCGGCUGCCAUUUGCUUUUGAGUUCCCAUGAUCUAGUCUGGUAUGACAGGUUCCUUUCUAGGAUCAGGGUCAGGUACCCUCCAUCUGUGACUCAAACACAGCAUGACCACUUAAGGGACAUCCUGGAGUGACCAGGUUCAUGUCAAGUGAAGAUUAAAGGAGCUGCCCCCCCCCAGUGAAUAAUUAUCUACAGCAGAAGCAAUUGCUGCCAGGCUGAGAUGUACUUUCC